AUGGCGUCGCCUCUGACGGAGAUCCCUGACCACCUCCUGGCCGAGAUCUUCCUCCGCCUGCCCGACUCGGAAGACCUUGUCCGCACCUCCCUCGCCUGCGUCUCCUUCUACCGAGUCGCCACCGACGACUCCUUCCUCCGUAGAUUCCGCCGCCUCCACGCACCAUCAGUACUCGGAUUCCUCCAGGCCGGUGGCAUAUUCCGUCCCACCAUGCCGCCUCACCCCUCCGCGCCCGCCGCCCGUGCGCUCGCCCGCGCCGCCGACUUCUACUUCUCCUUCAUCCCCUCCCGUUGCCACUGGACCGUGCAGGACAUUCGCGAUGGCCGCGUCCUCCUCGCCCGCGACCUCCGGCAAGAAGAGUGGGCCCUUGCACCGGUCUUCAGAGAUCUCGCGGUGUGCGACCCCUUGCACCGGCGGUACGUCCUGCUCCCCCCGGUAACUCACGACCUAGCCGCUUCACUUGAGCACCCUUUCCCCAUGGUACGCCCGGCCCGGUGCAAGCCCUUCCUCGUUCCCCUCGGCGAGGAGGAGGCAGCGGCGGGAGAGACAGCAUUCAGGGUGAUCUUGGUGGCACAUUGCAUAACUAGUCUGGCUGCGUUCGUCUUCUCUUCGAGCACGGGACAAUGGCAAGCCGCUGCAUCCAAGCGUUGGAGUGAUUUGGGCCUUGGAGAGCGCGACAUGGCAGAGAUGUCACGGGUCCACCCUUUCAUUCUCAGCCGCCAUUAUGCUUAUGGGUGCUUCUACUGGGACUGGGUGGAGUUCGGGAGGAAAAAGUUGCUCUUACUUGACACCAGGAAGAUGGAGUUCUCCAUUGCUAACCUCCCGCGCAGAAAAUGGAGCAAGGUUGGUAUAGCCAUUGUGGAGGCAGGGGAAGGCAGGCUUGGGAUCUUUGGUUUCCAUGGUGAAACUUCAUCCAAUCUUAGCUAUAUGGUUGCACGUGACAAAGGCGAGAGUCCCAGCCAGUGGCAGUCGGAGAAAACAAUUUCACUAGAUUCUGGGUACAAAUAUUUUAUCAGAGAUGCAACACAGAGGUACUUGCUCUUGACAAAGAUAGAAGCCUCAUCUCUAGAGAAUCCGCUUGUUGGAUAUUUCUCAAUGGAUGUCAAGACAUUGCAGCUUCAGAGGGUUCAUGAUGUACCGCAGUAUCUUAAGUAUGAAACACACACAUAUAUCAACUUCCCACCAUCAUUAUUGUCUUCAAAGAGAAUAUGA